CUUCCGCCUCUGUCUCGGGUAUGACGUUGCCUCCCAGAACUUCGGCGGAUGCCUGUCUGCUGAUGAGCAUGCAAGAAGCCACAGUAGCUGCAGAGGAGGUUGCUCUUACUGUCGCCAAUGCGGCCAGUUGUGCGCGAACAUUCUCAGAACUGAUGGAGCGCUUGCGCUAUCAAAUGUACUUAAAUAUGUCUGGGUCUGAAAUAAACCUGUAAAGCUGAAUCGUUAUGAUUGAGCGCGCGUCUGAGUGCAGUGCGGCAUGACAAUUUUUUCAAAUGCCUUCUGAUGAUGAUGAUGUUUAGUACGCAUUACAAACUGCGAUUUUUCAUGGCGAAACUGUGGAACUUUGGUUGCUUUUAUGCAAUGCAGAUUCUCCAGAAAAAAUUAUAGUUAAAUUGCUGGAGUAGACGCAAUACAGGUUCAACCUUUCCAGAUUCAGACAUAUUCGCGAUGCAUAAGCGCACGGAGGUACGAAUCACGGAGCAGUUUAUCGCCGAGCGUCGGGGCGCAAGAAAGAUCAAAAAAGAACAUCGCGGCGCCACUAGCUUGCUUUCAAGAGGACAAGCGCCGGAGGCGAAUGAGAGCAAGAACGUUCAUUCGCUUAUGGAAGCGUCAGGAUUGAAAUCAUUAAACUCAAGGUUGAAAUAGUUUGUGAUGCAUAAAAUGGUAGACGCAAAGUGCCUGUCUUGCAGAGCAGCCAACUGAGGCCGAUUGUAAGCCUGUUUGGGGUGUGAGAUAGAGCUGCUAAAAUAGCAUGACAAAAGCAGUAUUCUCUGCUCAAACAGCAUGACAAAUUGGAUUUCCAUGCUGUCAAAAUUUGUCAUUGGCCACUUGCAAACUGGGCUCCAGCUGGUAUCGCUUUUUUGCUUUACAGAUUAUUUCAACUUUGACGAUUUCGAUCUUGACACUCCCAUAUCGCUUGCAGAAACAGUACGAGCACGUCAAGGUGGUCCUGCACUUCUAGCCCAGCGGUCGGCGCGCACGCCAGCGACCACAGGACCCGCC